AUGUAUGAUGCUGAACUUGAAUUAACAUUUGACCCUAACCCACUUGUCUUUGGACAACCCAUCACGAAAAUUUGUAUUGGAAACGAAGCUUUGUGUCCAAUCUCAGUUGGAGAAAUAGUUAAAGUGACUGCAAGUUUUACAAUGCUGAAUGAUAUUAAUAUUAAUAUUCUUAUAAUGUUAGCCUAUAUUGGAACACCAAGAGACUCAGAUGGUUUUGUAGAAGCUUUUGGCUGUCAAUGUCAUUCAAGAAAUUCUGUUUAUUGUGCCGAUUUAUCGCACGGAUCUUAA